AAGCACCACUUAUAAGAAAACCCUAAACCCCUAAUCCUCACUCCUUCAUCUUUCUCUCAUUUCUCAUCUCCUCAAAGAUGGCUACACAGAUCUUCUCUCGCGUCCUUCCCAAAACCCGAACCCUAAACCUAGCUCCCUUCUUCACUCGCUCCCUCUCCACUUCAACCACCACCACCACUCCCUCCCUCUCCGCCCUCUCUUUCCUCCGCCGCUACCGUCCCCUCUCCGCCGUAUCCAUCCCCACCUGCCGCCACCUCUUCCCCUCCGCCCGCUCCCUCUCCACCCGCGCCACCACCUCCUCCCUCAACGAUCCUAACCCUAACUGGUCCAACCGUCCCCCGAAGGAAACCAUUUUGCUCGAUGGCUGCGACUUCGAGCACUGGCUCGUUGUCAUGGAGAAGCCCGAAGGUGACCCAACUAGGGAUGAUAUCAUCGAUGGAUAUAUCAAAACAUUGGCUCAGGUUGUCGGAAGUGAGCAAGAAGCGAGGAUGAAGAUAUAUUCUGUUUCGACUAAGCACUACUUUGCAUUUGGGGCGCUUGUGUCUGAAGAACUUUCUUAUAAGUUAAAAGAACUGCCCAAAGUUCGGUGGGUACUUCCUGAUUCGUAUUUGAAUGUUAGGGAGAAAGAUUAUGGAGGUGAGCCGUUUAUAAACGGGGAAGCAGUUCCUUAUGAUCCCAAGUAUCAUGAAGAAUGGGUUAGAAACAAUGCUCGAGCAAAUGAAAGGAACAGGCGCAAUGACAGGCCUCGGAAUAAUGACAGGUCAAGAAACUUUGACAGGAGGAGGGAGAAUGUGGUGAACAGGGAUUAUCAGAAUAGGCCUCCACCAAAUGCUGGUGGACCUCCAAGCAAUCAAGGUGGGUUUCCUCCCAACAAUGCUGGUGGACCUCCAAGCAAUCAAGGUGGAUUCCCUCCCAACAAUGCAGGUGGAUACCCUGCUUCUCCCCGUCCAGGCAACAUGCCUGGCCCCCCUCCCAGCAACCCUGGCGGAUACCCUCCUAACAAUCAAGCAGGUGGUUACCAUCCUCAAAAUCAAGCAGGUGGAUACCCUCCUAACAGCCAAGCAGGUGGAUACCCUCCUAACAGCCAAGCAGGUGGAUACCCUCCUAACAGCCAAGCAGGUGUUUACCCUCCUAACAACCAAGGAGUGUAUCCUCCAAACCAGAAUAACUAUGCUGGCAGAACUCCUCCUAACGUGGGUGGUGCACCUCCUAACAGUGCUUAUGGUCCAAAUGCAGGGUAUCCUUCAAACCAGAAUAACUAUGCUGGCAACAUGGAAGGGGUGCCACCAAACCAGAACGUGGGAGGGUAUUCCCCAAAUGCAGGUUGGUCAAACAAUGCUCCGACUAGGGACACUCCAAGCAGGGAUUUCGGAGCAGCAGUUGGUGGUAACACAUAUAAUGGGUAAGAUGAUCUGCAGAGAUUCUUGUGGCCAAUGUAGAUAAUGAAGAAUUAUGUCAGACAUUAAUCUUAAGGAAUUAGUAUUUAUUAAUUUUGUUACUCUACUUCCUAUUGAACCUGCGUGUCAUGUAUCUGAAGUUCAGAAUUUUUGAAGGCUAGUUGUUUGUCAAACUUAGCCGGUCUAAUAUGCUAUUUGAUUGAUGUUGCCUUGAAA